AUGAAGAGCGCUCUCGUCCUCGCCGUCGCCGGCAUCGCCGCCGCCCAGAACCUCUCUGGCCAGCCUGCCUGCGCUACCUCCUGCCUGUCCUCGGCCAUCACGGCCGCCGGCUGCCAGGCCACGGACCAGGCCUGCGCCUGCGGCUCCAAGCAGGGCCAGAUCGGCGUCCUCGUGGCCCCCUGCAUCCUGAGCGCCUGCUCGCCGGCCGACGUCGCCGCCGCCGCCUCGGUCGGCAGCCAGCUCUGCGUCGCCUUCAGCGCCACCGCGACCGCCUCCUCCACGGCCUCCGGCUCCGGCUCGGGCUCCGCGUCCGCUACGGGAUCCAUGACCACGGCCGGUUCCUCCUCCUCUUCCAAGGCGUCCACCGGUGGCGGCGGCGUCGGCACCGUCUCGACCGUCACGAGCACGGCCGGCGGCGGCAACGGCACCAUCACCACGGGCAAGCCCAACCCCACCAACGGCGGCGGCAGCGGCGGCGGCAGCGGCGGCAGUGGCACGACCUCCAAGCCGUCUACGCCUACCAAUGCUGCUGCCCAGCCCGUUGUCUGGGGCGCCGGUGCCUUUGUCGCCCUGAUCGGUGCCGUUGCUGCCCUGUAA